GUGUUUGCAGGGGGCUAGGGGGCUUGUUCUCCGGGCUUGUGAGGGGGCUGCCUUUGCUGGUGGUGCGGGCAGCGGAGGGGAUUCCCCGUAAAGACAAGCUAUUUUGGAUAUCCCCGUACAACUUUUCUGAUGUAUUUGCUUGCACCUUCUUCCCCUGCUGCUUGGUGAACCCAGCCCCCCUCUCCCCCCCCCCUCCCCCCCCCCCAGCGGUCUCCCAAGGAUGGAUCAUUCCCAGUGCCUUGUGACUAUAUACGCCGUGGUGGUUCUGCUGGGUCUCCGGCUGGAGCAGGGCGCCUGCCAGCACUAUCUGCACAUCCGACCGGCUCCCAGCGACAACUUGCCCUUGGUGGAUCUAAUCGAGCACCCGGACCCUAUCUUUGACCCCAAGGAGAAGGAUCUUAACGAGACCUUGCUAAGGAACCUCAUGGGCGGACACUUCGACCCUAACUUUAUGGCUGUUUCCUUGCCCGAGGACCGGCUCGGAGUGGACGAUCUAGCUGAGCUGGACUUGCUGCUCAGGCAGAGACCCUCGGGAGCGAUGCCCAGCGAAAUCAAAGGGCUGGAGUUUUACGACGGGCUGCAGCCGGGCAAGAAGCACAGGCUGAGCAAGAAGCUGCGCAGGAAGCUGCAGAUGUGGCUCUGGUCCCAGACCUUCUGCCCGGUCCUAUACACGUGGAACGAUCUCGGCAGCCGCUUUUGGCCCCGGUACGUCAAAGUGGGCAGCUGCUACAGUAAACGGUCUUGUUCAGUCCCAGAAGGCAUGGUCUGCAAACCUGCCAAGUCCGUGCAUCUGACGAUCCUGAGGUGGCGGUGCCAGCGCCGGGGUGGGCAGCGGUGCACAUGGAUCCCGAUCCAGUAUCCCAUCAUCGCGGAGUGCAAGUGCUCCUGCUAGGGCUGCGCUGCCCCUCCGCCCCGCGCCGCGGGGACCUGGGCUCACACAGACAUGAGGGGCAUUUGCUUUCUGGUUAACGUUGUAAUGCACUGUAACGUGUAGGAGAAUGUAUAUUGUGUGUAUAUAUGGCACCGGUUUAAUAUACUAUUAAAAGGUCAGUAUUAUACGUGAAAUAAUCAGCGUCUACUGUAUUUUUAAGACUAUUAUCCUGAUCGUUGCUAAUGUAUCUUUUUUGGGGUAUUUAUAUUCCGGAGAGAAGUUGCUUCGCUUUGGCGAAGUAGGAUUUUUGUUGGGUUAUAUUUUUUUUUAGUUGUUUUUGUUUGUUUUUUAAUAAAAGGAUUAAAAAAUAGAAACCAAACUUUUUGAUAAGAAAACGUCUUAAAGCUAUUUUCCAUUAUUCGGAAAGCGUGUGUGUGAGGGUUUUUUUUUUUUCUUGUUUUCCUUAUGGACUUUAGAUUUAAAAUAAAAAAUAAGCGCCUAGAGCACAAUGUUAUUGUAAAUAGAGAGGACAGUUUGAAUGACUUAAUCCUAUGUAAAUGAAGAGUAUCUGCUAUUUAUUCUUUAUAUCCUUGUAGUAAAAGCGCAGUGCAGAAUUAAAGUCAACCACUAAAAGACGA